UCGCUCACGGCUUGACGCGCCUCUAGUCUGUGCAGCCUUGCGUUUGGGGUGAAGCCGCAUAAAAGCGUUUCCAUAAUGCGGGCGUGAGGUGCUCCUUGGAGUAAACGGAGGGGAUCCGGGAGGAGGACCGCGGAGUGUUAACCGGGGAGGGGGGGAAGCCUGCGUGACAGGCGGCGACCAGAAUAAUUAAAAAAAAAAUGUCGAACCGUAAGCACCGGGACAACCAAGAGAUCUGCGCCCGCAAGGUCCGGGAGCUGGCCCAGUCUGGAGUAAACAAACACUGCUUCGAGUGCAACCAGCCCGGGGUGACUUACACCGACAUCACCGUGGGCAGCUUCGUCUGCACGUCGUGCUCCGGAAUGCUGAGAGGCCUCAACCCUCCCCACAGAGUCAAGUCCAUCUCCAUGACAACUUUCUCCCAACAGGAAGUAGAAUUCCUCCAAAACCAUGGCAAUGAGGUGGGCAGAAGGACGUGGCUGUGCGUGUUUGACCCAAAGAAUGACGGCUGCUCCGACAUGAAGGACUCACAGAAGUUCAAAGAGUUCCUUCAAGAUAAAUAUGAGAAGAAAAAAUGGCAUUUUUCCAAAAGUAAGAACCGGAGAGAUAUGGAGGGUCCUUGGAGUCCAGGGGUUCAGGCUAUGCCCCCUUCUCAUGGUCCCUUAGCGAGCCAGGGGCUAUCCCAUAAUAUGCCUCCAAAUGCCAGAGCCACAAGACCACUGUCUCAGUCCCAGCUGCCGUCUUGGGAUCGAGCCCCCGCCAUCUCUCCCGCCGACAUGCGGACAGACGCGUUCACGGCUCGGCCGUCGCGCUCCCAAAGCUUUAGAGACCCCCCUCUGAAAGAUCCCACCCUGUGUGGAAUAGAAAGGCAGCGACCAGGCUCUUUGUCGUCAACACUGGGAGGUCAGAACCACGGCCCCUCAUUCCCCGCCCUUCCACGGCCUUCAGCCAGUAGCUCGUUCAAAAACCACUUCACUUUAGGUCGGACAGUGUCGGCCUCGGGGGCUACGGGCCCCUUCAGGGCCUUCCCCAAGUCUCUGAGCGUGGACUUUGGAGGUCUGAACCAUCCCCAACCACAGCCUCUGCCUCAGUCUCUGUCCCAGCCGCAGCAGCAGCCUCAACAGCAGCAACAGCAGCCUGUUGGCAUAGGUCAGACGACAACGCCGGUCAGCAGCGGCAGUGCCCAGGAUAGGUACGCUGCUGUGUCACAGCUGGACAGCGUCUUCUCUGAAACAACAUCGGUCACAGCUCCACCUGGCGGCCCACCGCAGUACAGCGCCAUCUUCGGCAGCAGGCUCUCAUCCAGCUCAACUCCUGCCAGCUCCCCUGGUGUCGAUACCGUCUCCAGCUCCCAAAGUUUUGCAAAUUUCCCCAACCCAUUCAGCUCCAGCUCCAGCUCCAGCUCUGCUUCCCAGCAGCCCGUCGCCCUCUCCCCCAGUAACCCCUUCAGUAACGCCUCAGGAGGUGACUCCAGUGCGUUCGUCACCUCGCCCACCUCCGUUUUUCCUCCGUCCGGCGCUUUCCCAGCGGCUGCUACCCAGAAUGCAUUUCCUCAUGAGUCAGCCACCAAUCAGGAAGCAAAUGGUGAGAUUUGUUGCCUCUUAUUUGUCCUCCUAUGCUCAGAGUCGUGCUGGGUAGGAAACGAAGAGACGCUGGGUGUACUGGGAGAUGACAUGGAUGAGGAUGAGCAGGUGGUGGGCUUAACAAGGGACGACAGAUGGGAGGUAGAAGAAGAUAAGGUGCUGUGGUAG